GAGGACAACAGGGACCAGCAGGUUUCAUUUCAGCACCGGGGAGCUGUCCGUCUGUCCGUCUGUCCGUCCGCCCGUGGACGUGGACCCGGUCAACACCUGACGGUCAGGAUGUCUAAAGUAAAGCAGGUAGGUCUUCUAGCAGCUGGUUGUCAGCCCUGGAAUAAAGACGUCUGCGCCGCCAGUGGAGAUCGUUUCGCCUACUGUGCUACUUUAGCCAUUUACAUCUACCAGUUGGACCAGCAGUAUAAUGAGUAUAAACUCAGAUCCAUCAUGUCUGAACACAAGAAGACGAUCACAGCCAUCAGCUGGUGUUCAGAUAAUCCUGACGUGUUUGCUUCAGCGUCAGCUGAUAAUCUGCUCAUCGUGUGGAACGUGAGCGAGCAGAGAGCUGUGGCUCGCCUGGACAACACCAAAGGUGUGCCGACGUCGGUCAGCUGGUGCUGGAACUCGUCCGACGGCGUGGCGUUUGUGUCGCAGCGCGGCCCGCUGUACAUCUGGGUGUACGGGGGUUCGAAUCCCGGCCUGACGGUGCAUAAAGAAGCUCACUCCUUCCUGUCGGACAUCUGUCUCUUCAGGUGGCAUCCAUCCAAGAAGGGGAAACUGGUGUUUGGACACACGGACGGAAGUUUGUCUAUCUUCCAGCCUGGGAGUAAAAACCAGAAGCAUGUUCUGCGUCCAGAGUCGUUGGAGGGAACAGACGAGGAAGAUCCUGUCAGCGCUCUGGAGUGGGAUCCUCUGUCCACGGAUUAUUUACUAGUGUCAAACCUUAACAACGGCAUCAGGCUGGUGGACAGCGAGGCGCUAACCUGCGUCACGUCCUUCUGCUUCCCCUCGGCUGCUGCGUCCGUCCAGUGUCUGGCCUGGGUUCCCUCUGCUCCUGGAAUGUUCAUCACUGGAGGUAAAGACGUCUGGUCAGAGAGUGGAAUGUUAUUCAUUGAUUCAAAGGUGAAUAAGUUGUGUGUGCGGUCAGACUCUCAGGUGGGGGUGUUGCGGGUGUGGAACGUGUCUCGCUCGACUCCUCUCGACAGCUUCAAACUGAAAAAGAACGGCUUCCACGCUCUGCAUGUGCUCAGUUCGCCUCUGUCCAAGAAAGCUCAGAACUCGUCUCCCAGUAAGAGUCAGUACACCAGCUCUACCAGUGAGGCCGUGCCUCCGCCCACUCUGUCUCAGAACUGCUCCUUCUCCCUCCCCCCGGGUCACGCCGUGUGCUGCUUCAUGGACGGAGGGGUGGGGCUCUACGACAUGGGCGCCAAAAAGUGGGAUUUCCUGCGUGACCUGGGACACGUCGAAACCAUCUUUGACUGCAAGUUUAAGCCGGACGACCCCAACCUGCUGGCCACGGCCAGCUUUGACGGAACCAUCAAGAUCUGGGACACAAACACUCUGACGGCGGUCAACACGUCGCCUGGCAACGAGGGCGUGGUCUACUCUCUGUCCUGGGCUCCAGGAGACCUGAACUGCAUCGCAGGAGCGACGUCUCGGAAUGGUGCCUUCAUCUGGGACGUCAGGAAAGGAAAGAUCAUCACUCGCUUCAAUGAGCACGGCAAGAAUGGAAUAUUCUGUAUAUCGUGGAGCCACAAAGAUUCCAAGAGGAUUGCCACAUGCAGCGGAGACGGAUUCUGCAUCAUUCGCACUGUCGAUGGAAAGAUUCUGCACAAGUACAAACAUCCUGCUGCUGUGUUCGGCUGUGACUGGAGCCAGAACAACAAGGACAUGAUAGCGACGGGCUGUGAGGACAAAAGUGUCCGUGUGUAUUACUUGGCCACGAGCUCUGAUCAGCCUCUGAAGGUCUUCAGUGGACACUUAGCUAAAGUGUUCCACGUCCGCUGGUCUCCACUCAGAGAGGGGAUCCUGUGUUCAGGGUCAGACGACGGCACUGUCCGUAUAUGGGACUACACCCAGGACGCCUGCAUCAAUGUCCUCAGUGGACACACAGCUCCAGUCAGAGGUUUGAUGUGGAACACUGAGGUUCCUUAUCUCCUCAUCUCAGGUUCUUGGGAUUAUUCGAUCAAAGUGUGGGACACGAGGGACGGCACAUGUCUGGACACGGCCUUUGACCAUGGAGCUGAUGUUUACGGUCUGACGUGUCACCACAGUCGUCCCUUCACCAUGGCGUCCUGCAGCAGAGACAGCACAGUGAGACUGUGGUCACUCACUCCUCUCAUGGCUCCUCUGCUGCUCAACAUCCUCACUGAGCAGCCGUGGGAGAAGAUCAUCGGAAACACAGACACGGCCAUGGUUCCUGGAUCUCCUCCUCUGCUCUGUGGUAAAGUGUCUCGAGACGUCAAACAGGAGCUGGAUAAACUCAGCACUGACAUCAGGGCCAAGAGGCUACGCUGGUUCUCAGAGUGCUUCUCGCCACCAGGGGGCAGCAGCAACCUGUGGGACCUGGUGUCCGUCAUUAACGGGCAGGACGACUCACUGCUGCCCUCCAGCUACAGUAAAGGAGUGAUGCACAUGAAGCACCUGCUCAAAUUUAAAACGUCGGAGGCUCAGGAGCUGACCAUCGUGAAGAUGUGUAAGUUUGGAGGAGGAAUAGGAACUCCGAGCAAAGAGGAGCGACUGAAGGAAGCAGCGGACAUUCACCUGAGACUGGGACAGAUUCAACGCUACUGUGAACUCAUGGUGGAGCUGGGACAGUGGGAAAAAGCUCUGUCUGUGGCUCCAGGUGUUUCCAUGAAGUACUGGAAGAAACUCAUGCAGAGGAGAGCCGAUCAGCUGAUGGCUGAAGACAACGACGACGCCAUCCCAAACUGUAUCGCGACAGGAGACGUAAAGAAACUGGUCACGUUCUUCAGUGGCAGAGGACAACUGCUGGAGGCCUUACUCAUCGCACAGGGAGCGUGUGAAGGAAACAUACGUGAACCUCAAAGUUCUUCUGUCAACCACACGACAUAUGAUGUGGAGAACAUACAACAGUACCAGAGUUUGCUUCACAAGGUGUGUCAGGAACUGGCAGAGUGCUACUUCCAGGACGGACGCUCCGUGUUAGCUGCAUGUUGUCACCUUGCUGUGGACAACAUCCAGCUGGCCAUGUGUAGUUUGAUCCGGGGAAACGAGCUGGAGUUGGCGGCGUGCGUCGGCAUCGUCCUCGGUGAAGCUGCCACUCAGAACACGGCGUACUGUCUCCAACUGUUAGCCAGGAAGUACAUGGCCACGCCCACAUGGGAACUGUCAGCUGAGCUCCUUCACAUGAUCCCUGACAAUCGCGUGUUUCUGGCUGAACUGUGUGCGUUUUACCCGGGGACGUCUGCAGAGAUCCAGCAGUUACACGACAGAUGUGGACUCCCGUCCUCAGACGAGUGUUCGUCUUUGGCAGAAUCAGCGGUGUGUGUCGGAGAUUUGUUCUCGGCCGUUAAAUAUCACCUGCUCGGCCCCGAGCCCGAGCUCGCGCUGCAGGUUGGGAUCAAUCACGUCAAAGAGCAGCUGAGUGGAUCUGAUUGGACGGUGGACAGAGUACAGCCGAUCUUGGACCUGAUGAGUUACAUCAGGACUGAUCGUCUCAUGAUGAACAAGAUGACGCAAGCUCGCAGUGAGCUGUUGAUCUUGUGUGGUUAUGUCGGAGGUUUGCUCGCCAUCAGACGUCAGUACUCCAGCAUCGUCCCUGCGCUCUAUGAAUACACCAGUCAGCUGUUGAAGCGCAGGGAGGUGUGUGUUCCUCUGAAGAUCGAGCAGCUGAGUGUGGAGCUCGACGCCUGGAGAGCGUGUACACAACACAACAACAACAAUCCUCCAUCAGAGAGUCAGAGAGAAGAGUUCAACUGUCUACGGAGAAGAAUUCAGUCGUCAGACUCUGCGUCGUCAGUGCUGAGUGGAGCUGAUUAUGUGACCGGCUCAAAUCUGCCGAGUCACUCUGACGUCCAACUGUCCUGCUUCACUGGCCAGAGGAUACAGGGUCCAGUUUUUUUGUUGGAAGACGGAAAAUCUGCGAUUUCCCUGAACGACGCGCUGAUGUGGGCUAAAGUGAACCCGUACUCUCCGCUCGGAACCGGAGUCCGCAUCAACCCCUUCUAACACACACACAGACGGGAAGUACAAAAUGCCAGAGGAUAAAAUUUAUAUAUGGAAAAUUUUAUGUCAAAUGAACAGAAACUUACAUUUUUGUGCUUCAGCAUCAACUGGAUUUUAGCAUCAAGUGUUUGUCGAUACAAAAAAUACAUGAUUAGAUUCAAGAUUUAAAGUGUUUAUUGUCGUUUGCACAGUAAAGAAACACAACAAAAAUCUUAC